CGGAAGCUUUUACAGCGUUUUCUCUUUCUGGUUUGGAUGUGAGAUGGCUUUCACUUGUAAGAAGAAAAAGAGCUCGAGAAAAGCUCUCUAAUGGCGAUCUUGGAGAUCGACUCCUUCUCGGGCUUAAUUUAGGGUUUUUGCAGCGCUUCUCCUGAAGAAAUGCGCGAUUUCUGCAGGAAUUCCAUCGUCUUUUGGAGUGUUUGCGAGAGAAGGAUCUGGAAGAAAGCUAGAACGAAUACUUUCAUGGCGAUCUGCGCUUUUCAGAGCUUGAUUUGAGGUUUCUUUUUCCACGUUUUUCUCAAGGAAUUUCGUUUUGCGUACGAGAAUGUUUCGGAAAAGAGCUUGGAGGAUCUCUUUCAUGGCGAACGGCUUUUCUCAGAGCUCGGUUCGAGAAUAAUUUGGUAUUCUUGUGAAGAAAUGCAUGAUUUCUGAAGGGAUUUCGUCUUCUUUGGAGUUUGUGUAGAGAUGUUCUUUUUUUCUUCUGGAAAAGCUAUUUCAUGGAAAUCUUGGAGAGGGAGAGACGUUUCUAGAGAGUGACUGUGGUUGUUUGAUGCUUUUGCAGUUGUGAUUUUGCUUUAAGGUAGUGGAAGAAAGUCGAGGAGCUCAAUUCCGGAAAUUCGGGUGAAGAAAUUGCUGAGUGCAUAGCUUGGAUCUUGUGUUUGACAUAAUCUAGUUGCGGAAAUGGUGAUUUCAAAGAUGAAAUGUAUCGUUGUUGCGAUCCUCUUCUGAUAAAACAGGCGGAAAUCAGCAGAAUAGAGACUGUAGUCUAUUUUCCAGUAUGGUUUGAAGUUUGCUGAGGCUUCCUCUCAUUUGGCGGAAAGUUCAUAUACUGUAAUGCAGGUAUUUGGUUUCGUGGCCUUGUAGGAAGACACUAAUAUAGAGGAGAAUUUCAGAAUUCUGGAGGAGUCCGAAUGGAAAACCAGAUGAAAUUGGUGCGGCAUGGUAGACUCUGAGAGAAGAUUUCGACAUCUUCAUGUGAGCUUUGCUAAAGGCUGUUUCUGAAAAUGAAGCUUUCGGCCUCGGGCCUGGCUCAUCAGGCCCAAGAUGGAGAAAAGAGAUGCUUGAAUUCAGAACUCUGGCAUGCUUGUGCUGGCCCUCUUGUGUCCCUACCAACAAUUGGUACCCGUGUUGUUUAUUUUCCUCAAGGACACAGUGAACAGGUUGCUGCGUCAACGAACAAGGAAGUUGAUGGACAAAUACCCAAUUAUCCGAGCUUGCCACCUCAACUUAUCUGCCAACUUCAUAAUGUUACGAUGCAUGCAGAUGUGGAAACAGAUGAAGUAUAUGCUCAAAUGACCCUGCAACCUUUAAAUCCACAAGAACAAAAGGAUACUUAUCUUCCUGCUGAGCUGGGUGUUCCGAGCAAGCAGCCAACAAAUUAUUUCUGCAAGACAUUAACUGCGAGUGACACUAGUACUCAUGGAGGAUUUUCUGUUCCCCGUCGUGCAGCUGAGAAAGUCUUCCCUCCACUGGAUUUCACUCAGCAGCCACCAUGUCAAGAGCUUAUUGCAAGGGAUCUUCAUGAUGUUGAAUGGAAGUUUAGGCACAUUUUCAGAGGCCAGCCCAAAAGGCAUCUUCUUACUACAGGCUGGAGUGUGUUUGUCAGUGCCAAGAGACUUGUUGCUGGGGAUUCUGUUCUUUUUAUUUGGAAUGAAAAGAAUCAGCUUUUAUUGGGAAUCCGGCGUGCCAAUCGACCACAGACUGUGAUGCCUUCAUCUGUUCUAUCAAGCGAUAGCAUGCAUAUUGGACUCCUUGCUGCAGCAGCUCAUGCAGCUGCCACAAAUAGUCGUUUCACCGUUUUUUAUAACCCAAGGGCCAGUCCAUCUGAGUUUGUCAUACCACUGUCAAAAUAUGUAAAAGCUGUAUUUCACACUCGUGUGUCAGUUGGAAUGCGUUUCCGAAUGCUUUUUGAGACCGAGGAAUCUAGUGUUCGUAGGUACAUGGGCACGAUCACCGGCGUCAGUGAUUUGGAUCCUGUUCGUUGGCCAAAUUCUCAUUGGCGAUCUGUCAAGGUUGGCUGGGAUGAGUCAACAGCAGGUGAGAGACAGCCAAGAGUGUCGUUGUGGGAAAUUGAGCCUUUAACAACUUUCCCCAUGUACCCAUCAUUAUUUCCCCUCAGGCUGAAACGGCCAUGGCAUCCUGGAGUACCUUCUCCCUACGACAGUAAAGAAGAUGAAGGUAAUGCUUUUAUGUGGCUGAGGGGGGAUACUGGAGAAAGAGGCCUUCAGUCCGUUAAUUUUCAGACACUUGGUAUGAGCCCUUGGAUGCAGCCGAGAUUCGACCCUUUACUCGCGGGAAAUGAGCAUAAUCAAUACCAAGCCAUGGCUGCAGCAGCCCUGCAGGAUAUUAGAAAUGGAGAUUCUCUGAAACAGCAAUUUUUACACUUUCAACAGCCUUUACAGUCUCCUCAACAGUUGUGCAGAUCCAACCCGUUAUUGCAGCAACAAAUUAUUCAGCAAACUCUGCCUCAACAGAUACUUAAUGCACAGGCACACAAUGCACCAGAGAACCAUCCUCAAAACCAUUUUCUGCAGCAACAAUUGCCACAAUCAUUUAACAUUCUGCAGAAGCAGCAAGUGCAGCAACAAAAGACAUAUCAAGAUGCAUUUCAGGUUCCAAGUGAUCAGGUUCAGCAGCAGCAAUCACCUUUGCCCACUGCAUUGUGCCAGAAAUCAGUCCUUCCAGAGACGAACAUGACAUUCUCAUCUGGCCUGAAUCCGACCUACGUACAGAAUAUGUUGGGUUCGCUGUGUCCGGAUGGAAGUGGCAGUCUUCUGAACUUAUUGAGAUCCAGUCACUCCACACCGAGUGAGCAACAACAGCAACAAUGGGUGCCGAAGUUUCCAUCAUUGCCGGUUGAUCCUUUUAGCAAUGCAGUCUCACUUCCACCAUUCCCUGGGAAAGAUGGUGCACUGGAGCCACAAAAUUGCACUGCGGACUCCCAGGCGCAUACCCUAUUCGGUGUUAAUAUAGACUCCUCAUCUCUCCUCCCCAGCCAGGUGCCUAAUCUUGGCACUGGUGUGAUUGGGACCGAUGCAUCUGGAAUGCCAUUGUCUGCUUCCGGGUUUCAGAAUUCCCUGUACAGUUCCAUAGAUGAUCCAUCUGAUAUGCUGCAAAAUUCAGGGCAGGUUGAUCCAGCAACCAGUACAUUCGUGAAGGUUUACAAGUCGGGGUCUGUUGGGAGGUCAUUGGACAUCGCCCGGUUCAGCAGCUAUCGUGAACUGCGGGAGGAGCUAGGUCAGAUGUUUGGGAUUGAGGGUCAGUUAGAAGACCCUUUGAGAUCAGGCUGGCAGCUUGUAUUUGUCGACAGGGAGAACGAUGUGCUUCUCCUUGGAGACGACCCUUGGGAGUCAUUUGUGAAUAAUGUGUGGUAUAUCAAGAUACUUUCACCAGAGGAUGUGUUAAAACUGGGGAACCAGGAUGAUGAGUCCUUGAACCCUAUUGGAGGUCAAAAGGUGAGCAGUAGUAGCUGCGAGGUUCGGAACCUUGUGUCCGUGAUACCGUCGGUUGGCUCUCUUGAGUACUGAAAGGAUACAAAAGUGGCAUGUGCACAUGAUUGUUAUAGUUAGAUCUCUUCUGGGCAUGCGCGUUUAUCUCAGUGCUCCGGAUGUAUUCUUUCGAGCUGCUCUCCGACUUUGUGAAUGUUGUGCGCUAGCAAGUAUAUGAGGUGAAGUUAAGGACUACGGAUGGUGUGUAGGACCUGUCAUUUCCUCUUUAACGUAAACACAUGCAAACCUGAUGUCUCUUUUAACUUACUCUGCUUUGUCUACGACUUGCAGUCGACUUACAGCUCUCAGUUCUUGAUUACUUAGUAACUAUAUAUACAUACGGUUUUACUUA